UUCGUAACAAUAUUUUUUAAUAAUAAUUAUUAAAUACGGCAAGAAUAAACCGAUAAUUUCUCUAAAACCCAUAGAGAAAAAAAACUGUGUUCAAUUGGCUUAGGGCGUGUGCAAAAGUGUUUAACAUAAUAGUAAUGAAUUGUUUAUUUGCAAAUAAAGUGGUACCUUCAGUCAACUGAAUGGUAGAGAGAGUGAGCUUAGAAGACAAAAUAUUUCAGAGUGAAAAGUGAUACGCGAAAGCGAUAAAAAUGGAAGAGGAAAAUGGAGUGAAUCAAACGCAGGCGCGUAAUCUUCUGGGACAAAAAACACAAACACCACAGAGAAGAAAAGACAAUGCACUCACGAAAACCUUACGUUCAUGCUGCUACAUACCACAACGGUACAUUUUGGGUGUUAUGGGUUUGUUGGGCGUCUGCAAUGCGUACACUAUGCGUGUAUGCUUGAACUUAGCUAUAACACAAAUGGUAAAUCGCACAAAGUCCAGUACAGACCAUUUCGAUCCCGACGCCUGUCCCAACGACGAAAUCGUUGGAAAUGCAACUGCUAUUCUUAAACCAUACGCAACCUUCGACUGGGACGAAAAGACACAAGGAUUAAUAUUAAGUGGUUUUUACUAUGGAUACGCGGCCACUCAAGUGCCUGGCGGUUAUUUGGCUGAAAAGUUCGGAGGGAAAUGGACUUUGGGUGUAGGCCUUCUAAGUACCGCACUGUUUACAUUCUUGACCCCAAUUGUCAUUCGGGCAGGGGGUGCCACAUGGUUGUUUAUACUGAGAGUUCUACAGGGUAUGGGAGAGGGUCCAACAAUGCCAGCCCUUAUGAUAAUGCUGGCACGAUGGGUACCACCCCAUGAAAGAGGUUUUCAAGGCGCCCUGGUGUUUGGAGGCGCCCAGAUCGGGAAUAUAUUCGGCUCAUUCAUGUCUGGAAUACUUUUAGCCGAUGGCAAUGAUUGGGCGUACGUAUUCUAUUUCUUCGGAGGCUUUGGUAUACUUUGGUUCGUUUUGUGGAGUCUUUUAUGCUAUUCAACGCCGAAUUCGCAUCCCUACAUCACGAAGAAGGAAUUAAAUUACUUAAAUAAGAAUGUAACUACUGCUGAAUCGAGUAAUGCAAAGGACCCGGUACCCUGGAAGGCUAUAUUGCGAUCAGUACCCGCGUGGGCGCUUGUUUGGGCUGCGGUCGGCCACGACUGGGGCUAUUACACAAUGGUAACAGACCUACCAAAGUACUCGCACGACGUUCUCAAAUUCAAUAUUGCAACCACUGGAGUCCUAACCGCAUUACCAUAUAUUGCGAUGUGGCUAAGUUCCUUUGUAUUUGGUUUCGUUUGCGACAUAUGUAUCAAGAAAGGCUGGCAUACGAUCAAGACUGGGAGAAUCAUUCACACAACUAUUGCUGCUACAGGUCCUGCAAUUUGUAUAAUAAUGGCCUCUUACGCUGGCUGCGAUAGAGUUGCCGCUAUGGUAUAUUUUGUUGUGUCUAUGGCUCUGAUGGGAGGUUUCUACAGUGGUAUGAAGGUAAACGCAUUGGAUUUGGCCCCAAAUUAUGCUGGUUCACUGACAUCUCUUGUCAAUACGACAUCGACAUUCGCUGGAAUCAUAACACCCUACCUCAUAGGAUUGUUGACGCCUGACUCAACACUCGUGCAAUGGCGGACAGCAUUCUGGGUAUGUUUCACAGUGUUAGUUGGUACGAACGUAGUUUACUGUAUAUGGGCCGAUGGAGAGCAACAAUGGUGGGAUGACGUCAGAAAGUUUGGCUACCCAGCAGACUGGAAGCAUGGUUCACUUUUACGAGAUGACAUCAUUGAACAACCAGAAGCAGUUAAGCUAUCGAGCAGAAAAGACACUGACGAUGAUUAGGAAAAGUUUUUAAGUCCUGCGUCCAAUAUUGAGUGAGAUUUUGUUUGAUAUUAGCAGCCCAGUUUGUAAAAUACGCAUGAAUAUCAGUUAUAAUAUAAAUUAUUGAAGCCAUUUUUGUUUGCCAUAUUAUAGUUUGUAAUUAGAAGCACAGAGUAACCGUUAAAAUAAACCUUAUGAAACUGUUUUAACUAAAGUACUUAUUCACCUCUGACAGUGUGUCAACGCUGAAGAUGUUGAUCAGUGCCUUAAUUAACAAUAAUAUUUAGUCUAAUGAAUAAGAUAUUUGGAAAUGUUUUUAGGAUAAACUUCCGAAAUACCUUUCAAUUUAAUAUAACACCUCAACCUUUUAAUCUAAACCAGAAUAGUUAUAUUGUUUUAUCUAAAGUUCUUCCCUACCUUUUUUGUCAUAUGUUGUUCACGCUAAGUAGAAAACAGAGAGAUCGGUUAAAGUAUGUACUGAUUUAGUAAAAUAAAUAAGGGUUACCACUGUUAAAAAGUUUUUUUUCGAAAUUUCGCUACAUUUGUUGCACUGAAAAUCGUAACAAAAAUGAUGAUUUUUGUUACAAGCCAUGGGUUACCGCAAUGCCGCUUAUGAAUAAAAGCUACAUACCAUACCCUAGCUUAUUAAACUAAAUCACUCUGUUUCAACUGAUCUAUUUUUACAUAAUGUGAACAACGUAGCUUAGGUGAAGUUUCAUUCUCGUAUUAAAGUGAUUUGAGGUAAUUUAGUAUUCGAUCUAUCGUGACGAAGUAUAUUUUCUAUAACUUAUAAGUCAAUUUCUCAUUUAGAAAUAACAUUUGCGUAUACUGGGCUUUUAAACUUAGUUAUAUGAAUAUUGUAAUCAGGCAAUUUUGUUUAAAUAUCAUCAAUUGUGUUACCCAUUUUUGUUGUUAUGAUGUAGAUAAGAUUUAAUUAAUAAAUUGUUAAUUAUUAAAAUAAAUUUGCUUAAACGAAUUAAUGAGAGUUUAAUAACUAUUUUAUAUGGAGUAACGUAAAUAAAAUGUAAUAUAUUCGCAUUCAGUAAAAGUUUUAUUUACAUUAAGUUUUAUACUCCACACUGUAAUAAUGUUUUCGUUCUAUGUGUCUGUGAUUUAAAGAAAUCAUUUAAGUUUCUAUUUCGCAAUUUCAUGUUACACAACUAUACUUAAGUUGUGAAACAAUAUUGUAUAAAAUACCUAUCAGCCCACCUAGUCAGUUUUAGAAUUUUGUAUAACAUCGUUUUGUUUGUAUAUGUACACUGUAUAAUUGUUUGCAUGUAUUUAAUACUCAUUAAAUUAUAAAUUGGU